AUGGAAGCACAAGGGCCAACAAAGAAGAAGCUGCGCGUGUUGUGCUUCCACGGCUACAGGCAGAACGUGGACGUCUUCCGGGACAAGACCCUCAAAAACUUCCGCCAACGCUGCCUGAAUCGGUUGGACAUCGAGUACGUCUAUGCACUGAGUCCACACCGAAUGGAAGAAGCCUCGCAAGAAGAGGGCAUGGACAUCUACAAGUGGUGGGACACGGUGCCCCAGAGCGCCUACCUCACCGGAGGAACCGCCACUGUCGGCAUCGAUGAAACGCUCGAGUUCAUCGCCAAGUUCAUCGCCGACGAGGAGGCCAAGAACGGAGCCUUCGACGGAGUGCUGGGCUACUCGCAGGGCGGUGUGCUGGCCUCGUUGCUUUGUGCGCUGGCCUCGACUCGCAUCGCAGCCGGCGAGCACGACGAGCUGAGGCACCUGCGGUUCGACUUCAAGUUCGGCAUCUUCUUCUGUGCUUUUCCAGUGCGAGCCGAGCCCCACAAGCACGUCUACGAGGGUCUGAAAGAUAGUCAAGAUAUGCCUACGCUGCAUGUGUGGGGACAGAAGGACGACCUGGUGCCGGCCGACUACAGCAAAGAGCUGGUGGCGCUCUUCCCCUCUGCAGUCACGUUCGAGCAUCCCACAGGCCAUGUCGUUCCGACCAACUCGCCAGCCAAGACCGCCUACAUCUCCUUUUUGCAGAAGUUCGCCAGCUAG